UCUUCCAGCCACAAACGCCCAAAGAAGAAUACAAGGGUGACUCGGAGCAUGCUGGGAAAAACAGACAUGGCGACGCUCACCGAGUUAGCUAAAUACGCUUCAGAAGUAGACGUUUUACUUCAUCCUGAGCUUCUGUCUCAGGAUUUUCUCCAGUUAAUUUUAAAUGAGAAAAAGAUCAAUUCCAGAGUUUGUGGGAGUCGGGAGCAGCUCGUAGACCUCUACGUACGACAUGUCAUCCCGCGGCCUCAGCGGACUUUACCCAACAACCGAUGGGGGAAGAGGAUGGCGAAGACUCGCGGCGGACCGGCACCGACCGGCCUGCGGCAGGACAGGGACCACCUGACUUCCUCGCGUCUCACUUCCUGCGGCUCGCUAAAAACGAAGAAGCCGGAGACGAGCGCGAUGUCGUCGUCGGGAGAGGGUGACAGGCUGAAACCCCCUCCGGCUUUAAACCUGGGCAACCCCAUCCGUCGCCUGUCCGGCAGUUCAUCAUCAGCGUCGCCGUCGUCUUCAUCUUCCUCUUCCAAUCAGACGUUUUCGCGCUGCUCCGACACGGCGAGCCUAAAACGGGAUGCAAACUGCUCGGGUGUUCUGACGUCUCCAGAAGUGAAGAAAAAGAUUCAGCACGUGACUUGGCCUUGAUGACCGAGUGACGUUCACCGCUCGCUAAAUUUUGUUGUGCCCCCAUCACAGUGAUUUUACCAAAUAAACUCCAAUUAAAACAAUGAUCAAUAAUCCA